AGUAGGUAGAUGCUGAGGAGAGAGACGCAGGACGGAAAAUACAACAAGUGAGUGAACUGUUGCUCUGCAAAUAAAGUCGCUCAGCAGCGGGAUUUCUGCCGGCUGAAAGUCUUUAAAAGUAAUUCGUCAGAAUGUGUGAUUUUAAUUGAAGGUGCGCGACGCGACUUUGAUUUGAAAUAUUAUCAUUGUUUAAUUUUUUCAUUCCCUCCGUGUCGGACCGCUGUAAGCGUUGCUUUCAUCAUUUUGGACAACGCGGUCCGGCCACAAAGCAGGAGUCCCGUAUGCUUCAAGUUUAAAUAUUAGGGUGACUUUGAGUUUGCACCGGAGCGCAACUUCACCCGAUGCGACAGUGAAACCGCUCAGUUGUGGAAGGAUUUCAUUCCGGUCUUGGACCAGUUUUCUUGCGACGUUUCUGAACCUGCAGCAUGGAAAAAACAACAACACUGAGAACCAGGUAGAAAAGAAGGAAAAACACUAGAUUCAGGAAUCUCCUGUGAUUCUAUAAUACAAUGUUUACUACUUCAUCCAAGCUGCCUUUAAAACAAGCUUCCACUUUCAAUGCAAUUUGGCUUGCUAUUUUCUCAGAAUUUUCCCCUUUAUGACCUGUAACAAAUUUGUACUUGGAAUGUAGGAGUAGACCAAAGAAGAGGCUCCAACAACAUACACACACAUAGAGAGAGAGAGAGAAAAAGAGAAAGAGAAAGAGAGACAGAGAGAGAGAGAGAGAAAGAAAGAGAGGUGCCAACCCAUCAAAAGAGCCGAGAUUUAGCAGUUUCCUCGUUCUUCUCUUCUCAUUCCUGAACAGACAAAAAGUGCCCUUCCCUAAAUGUGGUGGGUGAGAUGAACUCCAGUGGGAAUACUGUAGACCCCACCUGACAGCUCUCUGCCUGAGCAACUGAAAGCUUUUCACUGGAGCCUUCACAACCACAGAAGAAAUAAAAAAACAGUGUCUCCAAUCCAACAUCUCAACAGUGAUUAAAAUAUUUAUGUUGCUUUUGUCUUGCAAAAUGAUGUCUUAUCAUUAGAUAGUUGACAGCCCUUUGACAUUGUUAACCAGAGGAAACUGAAAAAUAAAAGGAUACAAAACCGACGUGCUGAACACCAAGAAAUGGAAAACCCUAUUUGUCAUUCUCUACCCGACUUUGGAUUUUCUCUUGUCUGAGACUUGCCUGUCCCACUCCUAGACUAGUCUCCCGUUUCCGUUCUCUUCAUCCACACAAUUAAAUAUUUUCCUCCUCCAUCUUAUUGAUCCAGUUAAUUUCUUCAGCUUUCAGCCUGGCCGGCACAACCAUUCCAGCUAAGGGGGAGGAGGACCUCCUCACGCUGGCCGCCUCCCGGCUCAGCCACAAGAAACGUGUCAUUGGGGCUGGAGUUGGCGUGGCCAUGGUCCUGGUCCUGCUGGUUGCCAUUCCCCUAUUGGUCCACACCACCAAGGCAGGAGGGUCCGGAGGAGGGGGCACGCAUUACGAGAUGCUUGGGAGCUGCAAGAUGGUGUGUGACACUUUCACCCCCCCACAGGGAGAGUUGACAGCUGUCUCACCUCAGCCCCCAGACUUCUCAAACCGCAGGAGCAAACAGGGGUACAGAGGGAGCCCUGGACUUCCUGGACCACCAGGUCCUAAAGGGCCCCCCGGAGAGCCUGGCAAGCCCGGCCCACCUGGUCCACCAGGGCCUGGACCCGGUGGCUACGGCCAAUCCUUCUAUAGUCCCAAAAUCGCCUUCUACGCAGGCCUCCGGAAACAACACGAAGGGAAUGAAAUACUGAAGUUUGAUGACGUGGUGACCAAUGUAGGAAACUACUACGAACCGAGCACCGGCAAGUUCACCUGCCCUCUGCCUGGCAUCUACUACUUCACCUACCACGUCCUGAUGAGAGGAGGGGAUGGGACGAGCAUGUGGGCUGACCUGAAGAAGAACGGACAGGUGAGGGCCAGUGCAAUUGCUCAAGACGCAGACCAGAACUACGACUACGCCUCCAACAGUGUCAUCCUGCACCUGGAUGUGGGGGACGAAGUGUGUGUACAGCUGGAUGGGGGCAAAGUUCACGGCGGAAACACCAACAAAUACAGCACCUUCUCUGGCUUCCUCAUCUACCCUGACUGACAGUAUACUCACAUUUAUAUACUCUCUUUCUGUAAUCAAGCAAAAAUUGUCCUCUCCUCUCUUCAUCUAACACCACCACGACUACAUCAUGUAAUUUGUCAUUUCAACGCUCUUCAGUACACAAAACAUGAAAACGUAAUAACAUGAUCAUAGUUAACAAAUUUGUGUAAAAAUGAAUAUAGUAUUGUAUAUAUUACCAGUUAGAAAUCUGAUACAUUAUUCAAGAUAUUCAUGUACAGUAGGCUAUGUGUACGCAUGGGUAAAACACAUAACGCACAUCUGUUUUUACAUUGACACACACACACACACACACACACACGCACACACACACACACACACACACACACACACACACACACAACACACACACACACACACACACACACACACAAACACACACACCACACACACACACACACACACACACAACCACACACCACACACACACACACACACACCACACACACACACACACACACAUAUACACACAAAGGCUUGCUCAUAUAAACUGAACUUCUCCUAUCGGUUGUUACACUGAGACAAGAUGACCAUUUCAGCCACUGGUCUGAAAUCAGCUAACAUGAUCUCUGAAUGUACACUGUAAAUCGAAGUGUGUGUACUUUGUGGCUACAGCCUCUCACAUUUACUGUGAGAUACAUUUCUAAGCGAGAAAAGUCACGACUGUAUUGAUUGCAGCUCAUAAUACAGCCAACACCAUGAACAGUGUGUUGUGUGUCUAAGUUCAUGCCGAUGUGCGAGCAAAAGCGUAUGUUCACCCUUCAGUUUGUGUCGAGGAUUAAAAGCAUCACGUUGCUGUUAGUUUGACUUGCACAGUCCCCGGGUACUGUUAUGGGACGGGCUGUCGAGUUGUUAGUAGCAGUCCCUUAACAUACACAGUAUAGAGGUUUAGCUCUGAGAUUUACCCUGAGCCAGAGCUCAUGGCAUGUCCGGCUAUGAUGAUCUGAUCUGAGGCUUCCUCUACAGCCUUAUCUGUUCAGUCACACUCACAUCUGGCAUCCACCGUUUGCUGUAUGACUUUGCUGAGCUAGUUUGACAUUUUAGUAAAUAUGAUUGUUUUCUUUCUUGCCAAGAGUUGGAUGAAAAGAUGUAUACCACUUUCUUAUCCAUCUGUUCACCAUAAUGCUUAACUUAGCACAGCACAACAUGGGGGUUAAAAAACGUUUUGGGUUGUUUGUAUUUGUUUAAACCAAUCACACUCCUCUUGGGCGGCGCUGAGCAUUUAUCAAAUGACGGUGCCUGUCGUUGAUGUUUUACUGCCAUAGGCCAUACUUAUAGGUUUUCUGUGCCUUACACUAUCUUUUUUUCAUUUUUAUGCGUGAGAAACUCCAGACGAUAUGAACAAGCUGAUACAAACAGCCAUCUGAUGAGGAUUUCUUUUGACAGUCAACGCAAAUGUUAUUACCCACUUUAAGAAAUAAAUGCAGAUGCUAUCUGAGGACAUUAAUUGUGAAUCUUUGUAUGUAAUUGGAUGUAACUCACUGCUGUAAAUAAAAGACCCCAAAAUCCUGACCAAGUUUAAUUCUGUAUGGUGGGAAAAACCUGUGGGAAUGAACAACAGAAGCAUGUCACUGUGUUCAAAAGUUGCAUCCAGAAAAGGUAUAACAAUGUAACCAAUUUAUUAUAUUUAACAAUUCUGUGAUAUAAUGCUAAGACGGGUACAAUAUAAUACUCCUUUGAGCACAUCUAUUGUAGUUUUAGUGCCAUGGAAGAAGAGAGCUUCAUAUGAGCCCAGCAAGUGACACAUGUCUAGCUUUGAAACCUAAUAGCAUGAUUGUAAACCGAUGAGAUUUGGAUCUUUAAUUGAGAAACCCUCCUGAGUGGCUUUACAUAAUCUCUGCGCCAUGCUGCAUCCUACUGUGUGUGUUUUCUGGAGCUGUUACCUUUGUUUACAAGCAGUGUGGAUUCAUUGUUGUCGCUGUACUUUGCAAGCUGAGUUGUGUAUAUUUGUUAUGUGUGAAAUCAGCAUAGAUUUUUCUCUGCCCUUGAAGACCAUGAAACACAAUAAUAAAAAAAAAACAGAUUAUUUUGCUGUCA